UCCCCUGACAGGAACAUGGCCGCGCCGGUGCCCGCGGCUGUUGCCUGGCUCAUGGCCGGGGCGGGAGGCGGCGAGCGAGAGGCACGGGCGCUCUUGCGGUCGCCUCUGCUGCUGCCGCUGCUGCUGGGUAUUCUCCUCAGCCGGUGCCUGGGUGAACAGCCCCCACGCACCGCCUCCGCCGCCGCUGCGGCCGCCUCCUCGUUGCCUGGCGCGCCUGACUCGGAGGAGACGGUGAUCAUCGGACUGCGGCUGGAAGACACGGACGACGUGUCGUUCAUGGAAGGGGGAGCUCUACGUGUGAGCGAGAGGACUCGUGUCAAGCUACGUAUCUACGGGCAAAAUAUCAAUAACGAGACUUGGUCCCGCAUCGCCUUUACUGAACAUGAGAGGCGGCGGGACGGGGAAGGCAGGCGGCGGCCCGCGGAGCAAGAGGACGGUCCGGUUCCCGUUGGCUCCCUCUCUCCGGCCCCGCAGCGCUGCGGCAUCCGCACUUCGGACAUCAUCAUCCUGCCUCACAUCAUCCUCAACCGUCGCACCUCGGGCAUCAUCGAGAUCGAUAUCAAGCCUCUGCGCAAAACGGAGAAGAGCAAAUCCUACUACUUGUGCACCUCCGUGUCCUCCCCAGCGGUCCUGGGAGGAGCGGGGAGCUCCGCUGGAGGAGCCAGUGGCGGAGGGAGUAUUAUUGGCCCUGAUGGGGGACCGUGGACUGAGACGACCUGGAUCUACCAUGACGGUGAGGAUACCAAGAUGAUCGUAGGCGAAGAAAAGAAGUUCUUGCUGCCCUUUUGGCUGCAGGUGAUCUUCAUCUCUCUCUUGCUGUGCCUCUCUGGCAUGUUUAGUGGCCUCAACCUGGGUCUUAUGGCACUUGACCCCAUGGAGCUAAGAAUUGUGCAGAACUGUGGGACAGAAAAAGAAAAGAACUAUGCUAAGCGCAUUGAACCUGUACGUCGCCAAGGCAAUUAUUUGCUCUGUUCCUUGCUGUUGGGUAACGUGUUGGUCAACACCACCCUUACCAUCCUACUCGAUGAUAUUGCUGGUUCUGGGUUGGUGGCUGUAGUGGUCUCCACCAUUGGUAUCGUCAUAUUUGGCGAGAUUGUGCCGCAGGCUAUCUGUUCAAGGCAUGGCCUUGCUGUAGGCGCCAAUACCAUCUUUCUCACCAAAUUCUUCAUGAUGAUGACCUUCCCAGCCUCUUACCCAGUCAGUAAACUGCUAGACUGUGUUUUAGGGCAGGAAAUUGGUACUGUAUACAAUCGUGAGAAAUUGCUUGAGAUGUUGAGGGUCACUGACCCUUACAAUGAUCUGGUGAAGGAAGAACUGAAUAUCAUCCAAGGGGCAUUGGAAUUGCGCACAAAGACAGUGGAGGAUGUAAUGACCCCGCUCCGGGAUUGUUUCAUGAUUGCUGCUGAAGCCAUGCUUGAUUUCAACACUAUGUCUGAGAUUAUGGAGAGUGGUUAUACCCGCAUCCCAGUCUUUGAAGGGGAUCGCUCCAACAUUGUGGACCUUCUUUUUGUCAAGGAUUUGGCCUUUGUGGAUCCUGAUGACUGUACCCCACUGAAGACAAUCACCCGUUUUUAUAACCACCCACUGCAUUUCGUCUUCAAUGAUACCAAGCUUGAUGCCAUGCUUGAGGAAUUCAAAAAAGGUAAAUCUCACUUGGCAAUAGUACAGCGGGUGAACAAUGAAGGGGAAGGGGAUCCUUUUUAUGAAGUCUUGGGCAUUGUUACCUUGGAAGAUGUAAUAGAAGAGAUCAUCAAGUCUGAGAUUCUAGAUGAAACAGAUCUGUACACUGAUAACAAAACCAAAAAGAAAGUAGCUCAUCGGGAGAGAAAGCAGGACUUCUCUGCCUUCAAACAGACAGACAGUGAAAUGAAGGUUAAAAUCUCACCACAGUUGCUCUUGGCAAUGCAUCGUUUCCUAGCAACAGAGGUUGAAGCAUUUGGCGUAUCCCAGAUGUCUGAGAAGAUCCUUCUGAGGCUCCUGAAACAUCCCAAUGUCAUUCAGGAAUUGAAGUAUGAUGAGAAGAACAAGAAAGCCCCUGAAUACUACCUCUAUCAGCGAAACAAGCCUGUUGAUUACUUCAUUCUAAUAUUACAGGGGAAAGUGGAAGUGGAGGCUGGAAAAGAGGGCAUGAAGUUUGAGGCGGGUGCUUUUUCAUACUAUGGAGUGAUGGCUCUCACAGCACCACCAGUUCCUUUGUCCCUGUCUCGUACCUUUGUUGUCAGCAGAACUGAAUUAUUAGCAGCAGGUACGCCAGCUGAGAACAAAUCACCACCUCGUCCUUGUGGCUUGAAUCAUUCAGACUCUCUUAAUAGAAGGGAUCGCAUUGAUGCAGUGACACCAACAUUAGGGAGUAGCAGCAACCAACUUAACUCCUCAUUUGUUCAAGUAUAUGUUCCUGACUACUCAGUGAGAGCAGUCUCAGACAUUCAGUAUGUCAAGAUUUCAAGACAACAGUAUCAAAAUGCCUUAAUGGCAUCCAGGAUGGACAAAACACCUCAGUCCUCUGACAGUGAAAACACUAAAAUCGAACUUCCUCUUACAGAACUACCUGAUGGUUUGCCAGAUGAGACGGCAAAUUUGCUGAAUGAACAGAACUGUGUGACUCACAACAAGUCCAACCACAAUAUGCACAGCGAAGGCGCUAUCUAGGAGCUGACAGGCAGUAUCUCCUUCAGUUCUCCAUCCCAGCCCUCCCCUUCAUCAGGACCAGUCCUCAUGCCUUCCCCUUUCCAUCUACCUGACUGUGAAUACCAUUAGUACAUGCUUAUUAAGCUGUGCUACAUCAAGUUCUCUGAGACCAAAGACUUCAUGCCCAGAAAAAGAAAUGGGAAGGAAGGGGAAUGCAGAAAGCAAGAGACAGUCAUCAAGAAAAAUGCAACUCUCACCUAAGCACUGCUUGGGAAUGGUGAGCCACUCUUCUGGAGUGAAUGGCUAAAUUCUUCCUAGUGGAGCAGAAUCAUGUUUAUUUUUCCAUCCUCCAAAUAAUGUGCAGAAAAGUGUAAAUGAACAGCUGUGGUUUAUUUUUUCAAGAAAGAUCGUGUUUUUUAAAAGGUAUUUUACAGUUUUAAAUGUUGCAGGACAUUCCCAGUUAAGCUCUGUUGUAUUGUAUGUGAAUUUGCCCCACUGUACCUCUCCCAUAUCUUUGGUUCCUUGUUGGAAUGGCAAACUGGUACUACAAUGUAUUUGUUUUGUAAGAACAAAGAAUGAAUGAAAUUUAAGGAACUGUGACACCUCUAUCUUGUGAGAUGGGAAGAAGUUGUAAUUCUCCCUGUAGCUUAUCUUGUGGGAAGGUGUUAUUUUGUGCUGUGUAUAUGCAAAAAAAUUACUAAAAUGGCUAGGGGUAUCACAAAAAAAUGAUGUGUGCCAUAUAUGAAAGUGAGGUUUUGAUUUUCUUAGGUGAAACUACAGAGGCAGUACUUUUUCCAGAGACCUGCACAACACAUUUUAUUUCCAGCCAUUUGUAUUUCUCUUUCUCCUGGGGAACUAAUGAUGAAUCUCAAUGAGUGCAUACCUUUAAAAUGUUUUAUGUGACAGUAUGCAAAGGUCACAUAAUUUAAGAUGUGUCAGUCCACCAGUCACCUAAAACCCUUUCUGUAACAGUGCUGCUUUGAUGAUGGCCAAAGUAGUCCUCUCUUCACCAUGUAUGCCUGGGUUACUUUACCUCCUUUUAGGAUGGACUGGAGCGUGUUCUAAACAAUGGUGUUGGAGAGGAGAAUCUAGUAACAUUUUAUACUGUUCUGCAAGUUCUCCUUUUUAAAAACCGCUGUCUAAACUUCCUUUCAUUGAGCCCUAGGAUAAGCAUAUGGGCAUGAGAAUUGAAUCAGGAAAGCCGUUGGGAUAUUCUAGACUUCCACAGGUCAGGGGGGCUGAAAAAUCUACUUUGCGAGUAUUAUUUGAGCAUGCCUCUUCUUACGGAGUUUUUUGAAUUGUGCAUUUGAACAACUUCACUUGAGAUCAUUGUGACUUGUCUGUGCCCUUUCUUGGUGGUUUAUAAGAAGUAUAAGUGUGAAAAUCAGUAUUACUGUAUCAGAAGACAGGCCUGCUCUGCAGCACGAGUCCAUGCUGACCUCAUGCUUUGCUAGAAGCCUGGGUCACAGGACUGCUUCUCAUUCUUUUACCCAAGUAGAGAAACAGAGUAAAUCCUUCACUGUUCAACUUGCAUAAGUACUUUUGGGAAACAAAUAGUGUUUUUUUCCAGACAGCUCUUGGUGCAUACUUAUGGUAAAGUUUAUCCCUUCAGGAGGUGGUUGAAAGUGGGAGAGUUGCUUGCUUGCUUUCAUGAAAAGCAGGAGGAAAUUCACUGGGUGUUCAAUUUACAGGAAGUGUGCAGCUCCCUCGACAAAAGCCUCUGUGAAAAUGCAUCUCGCUUACGAUUACGAUAUUUUCUCUGGGAAAAUGCAAUCAUUUACCAGCAGAUCUUUUAUUAAAGGUUGUUCUUUAAAAUUG